AUGGACGGUCCAGAUUUUCUGGAUGUUGCAUACAAUGGAGAUAAGAUUGAAUUCAGUGCCAAAAAUAAUCUAAUAACCAAAUUUAAGAAGGAUCUAACUGAAGGGAAAGUAUACCGAAUCUCGCAUUUUGCAGUUGCAACCAAUAGUGGCUUUUUCAUGGCUUCUAACAAUGAGUUCAAUAUAAAUUUUGUGGAAAGAACGAAGGUUGUUCUUGAAGAAGCGUCGUUGAUUCCAAUGAGCAUCUUCACCAUCAAGAAUUCGGAAGAAAUCAGAUCCAUUGGCGGUGAUUAUAACUAUCUGAUUGACAUGAUUGGGCUGGUAACUAAUGUCUCCAAGGAAAAACAGUACAGUAAGGGCGGCUAUGUUACUAGAAUGAUUGAACUUGAGUUGACUGAUGAUAGGGGAAAAAAUCAGUGUGCUUUAUUUGGCAACUAUGUUGAUGUUGUCAAAGGCUUCCUUUCUUCAGACGGUUAUCGCAUGACGGUUGUGAUUGUUCAAUUUGUCAAGAUCAAGACAUUCAUGGGUGAUGUUGUAAUUCAAAAUGUAAUGAAUGCUACCAAUGUUAUUUCGAACUCGGAUACAGAGGAGACUGCUUCCUUUCGUGAUGGAUGA